UUUUUUCCAAAAAACAUAUAAUAAUGUUUUAUUUAUUAAUUCUAUCAGAAAAUCGAACAGAAGGAUAAAGAAAAUUUUAGAAUAAUUAAAUAAAAUAAAAGAUCAUUCUAACAAACAAGAACUCUAACAAGAAAGUUUGUGUUGUUAUAUGCAUUCUUUCUUUGCUUCUCCUUAAACUGCUUACUGCGUUCUUUGGAAUCUCCACCUCUUCUUCUUCUUCUAAUUUGCUCUACUAAUUUCGUUUUUCAGGCGGUGAUCUUUGGAAGAUUUAGUGCAGAACAUUUGUUUUGUACACUCAGUUAAAGCUGUAAACAUAUAAAUUGGCUAAAACCUCUGAAUGCUUAUUGAAUAUAUCUGAAAAGAAGUCAUACGAUGGCUACUGCUGCAGUUAUUGGACUUCAUGCAGGAAAGAGGCUCUUGAGUUCAACAUUUUAUUAUUCUGACCUCACAGAAAAGCUUUUCAAUGUGAAUGAUCAUGGGUUAACCCACUACCAAAGUUCUUCGACAAAGAAUGUGAUAGUUGCCAAGAAGUCAUCAAAUUAUGGCUCCAGUUUCCAAUCAUCCAAUCGAAAUGCACAGUCUAUAAAAGCUCUUAAAGAACAUGUGGAUACUGCAUCUUCUCCGUCAACUGCAGCAACAGGGUUCGAGACAUUUGUUGAUAUAGAAGAGGCAAGUUCUGAUCUCGACUACUCAGUGGAGGCACUUCUUUUGUUGCAGAAGUCUAUGCUUGAGAAACAAUGGAAUCUUUCAUUUGAGAGGACAGCCUCAAGUGAUUCACCAAGUACAAAAAGUCAAAAGCAGAUACCUAUCACUUGCUCUGGCCUGUCUGCUCGGCAGCGCAGAAUAAAUACCAGGAGAAAGAAUCUGAUCCAAAGUAAAUCAAUAGUACAAGCUAGUGGCUUUAAGCAACUAAAAUCAGCUGUUAGUCCAGAGCUGCUGCUGAAUCGUUUGAAGGGUUAUGUUAAGGGUAUAGUAAGUGAAGAGUUACUCACUCAUGCAGAAGUUGUGAGCCUGUCGAGGAUAAUAAAAGCUGGUCUUUCCUUGGAGGAGCAUAAAUCAAGGCUGAAGGAUAGAUUGGGAUGUGAUCCCUCUGACGAACAACUUGCAACUUCCCUGAGGAUUUCUCUUGCCGAUUUACGAUCCAAAUUGAUAGCUUGUUCUUUGGCAAGAGAGAAACUGGCAAUGAGCAACGUUCGGCUAGUCAUGUCUAUCGCUCAAAGAUAUGAUAACAUGGGUGCUGAAAUGGCUGACCUUGUUCAGGGAGGUUUGAUUGGAUUGUUGCGCGGUAUUGAGAAGUUUGAUUCUUCAAAGGGGUUUAAAAUUUCAACUUAUGUUUAUUGGUGGAUACGUCAGGGUGUCUCAAGAGCCUUAGUUGAGAAUUCGAGAACCUUAAGACUUCCUAAUCAUUUACAUGAAAGGUUAGGUUUAAUUAGGAAUGCAAAAAUCAGACUGGAAGAGAAAGGGGUAACUCCUUCAAUAGAUAGGAUUGCAGAGUCACUGAAUAUGUCCCAGAAGAAAGUUAGGAAUGCCACAGAGGCAAUUAGCAAGGUCUUUUCACUUGAUAGGGAAGCAUUCCCUUCUCUGAAUGGUCUUCCAGGAGAAACCCACCACAGUUACAUUGCAGAUAAUUGCCCCGAGAACAACCCAUGGCAUGGAGUUGACGAAUGGGCACUCAAGGAUGAAGUAAACAAGCUUAUCGACUUGACUCUGCAACAACGAGAAAGGGAAAUUAUAAGACUUUACUAUGGUUUGGAUAAUGAAACCCUUACAUGGGAAGACAUUAGUAAGCGGAUAGGUUUGUCCAGAGAAAGAGUUCGGCAAGUCGGGCUUGUUGCACUAGAGAAACUAAAACAUGCUGCAAGGAAGAAGAAGCUGGAGGCCAUGUUAGUGAAACAUUGAAUUGAUGUGUGUUUCGUUUGAAACUUCAGAAAAUAUGACUGUAUAUAUAUACAGAAAGGAAAAGCCGCAUCUUCCAUUUCUUUUUUCGGGACGGAGAUAACUAUAGGAAAUCAUUUAAGGGCCUGUGACCCUAAAAACUUUCUGUAGAGUUAAACACACUGAUUAUUAAGAGCUAGCUGCAGCCAAAAAUUUUUUAUGUAUGUAUGAUAAGUUUUGAGGUACGAAUCCUGUGGGAUCUGAAAUCAAAAGCAUUUUAUUCUAUUAUGUAUUAUGAUGAUGGCAAUUAUAAACUGGUUUGCCUUUUAUUAUUA